AUGGCUUCGUUAAUUGCGCGCCGCGCUUUCAGCACCACCGCCCGCCGCAUGGCGACCGGCGAGGAGGCGCUAAAGUCCGAGUCUAAGAAGAACCCCGAGAUUAUGAUUCUCGGCGGUGUGAUGGUCGCAGCCCUCGCUGGUGCUGGCUACUACUUCGGCCGCAGCCCGACCAAGUCGACAUCCGAGAACUCCGUCCCCCUCGCUAAAAACAGCAUGCCGUGGGAGACUGAUGCGACACACGGCAAAUACCAGUACCACCCUGGCGGUGAUUCAAGCGCUGCGCCCAAGGACGCCCCGAGUGCCGUUAACGUUGUCGUCGUCCCCGACGUCGAGCUGCCCAAGAGACUCCACGACAAGUACAACAAGUGGGGCAAGGACGGCUAUUAA